CAAUAACCACGUCGCCAUUUCAAUUGCGUCCAUUCCCCACUUCCAAAACCUCGCCAUCUCUCUUUAACUCAUGGACUCUCUGUUAGCCAACUACGCCUCCUCCUCCGACGAAGAAGAGCAGCACCAACAACCGCCGCCGCAGCCACCGUCGUCAAUUAGUAAACCUCAGAGAUCCGAGUUCGAAUCCUCCACCUUCAGAAUCUCAUCUUUCUCCUCGUCUCUUCCCCCGCCCAAAUCUUCAUCCCUUUUCCAAUCCCUCCCCCAGCUUAACCAAUCCGCCAAGCCUUCUCUGCCCACCGGUUUCUUCGAUGGCGAUAAAAACGAAGACCUAGAAGAAGGAGAUUCGCCCUCCGCAUCGAAUAAACCUUCCUCUAUAUUCUCUUCCCUUCCGCGGCCCAAGGGAAACCCUACGGACUUUUCGACUUCCAGUUCCAGUUCUCGAUUUGAUGGCGACGGUAGUGACAACGGGAAUCUCAAGAAAUCAGUGUCUAUGUUUUCUUCCCUUCCACAACCUAAUUCGCAGAAGUUGAAGGAACCUAAAUCAAAUCCCUCGUCCUUGGUGUUCCAGCAGAAAAAGGUCGUCCUCUUUAAGCCACCCGUCAACUCUUCUUUGCUGAAAUUGGGUGAAGAAGAGGACGACGAUGACGAAGAAGAAGAAGAAAUAAGGCGCCGGAAGGCAUCCCAAUCCUCGUUCCAAACUCCUUCUGUGACGUCGUUCUUGUCAAGCAUUCCAGCACCAAAGAAUUCGGCAACGCUGGGAGUUGGUUCGAGCUCAGGUUCUGGCCGGAGGUCGAUUAUCGAAACAGAUGUGUCGGUCUCGUCUUCUGAUGAUUUAAACGUAGUGAAUGAUUCGGGUAGCACUCAAAAUAUUGAUCACAGUACUGAAAACUACGAUAGUUUUGUAAAUUACAAUUCCGGUGUUGAGCAGAAUGUUGCUAAUCACAGGGAAAACUAUGAAAAUGCUGCAACUUACAAUUUCGGUACAGAACAAAAUGCUUGGAAUCACGCAAGCUACGAUAGUUAUGGGAAUUACCACUACAGUGUCGAUCAGAAUGUGGUUGGUGAAGCACAGUCUGUCUCUAGUGCAAGUACCGCUGGUGACUAUGGAAGUUAUGGGAGUAAUGGUAACUAUGGUGAUCACAUGCAAUACGGUAGUGACCCUGCCAGUCAGCCGACAAUGGUGGACACCCAAAAUGCUGUUAGAAUACCUGAGAAGAGAAGAAGAAAUGAAGUUCCAUUAGAAAUACUUGAGGUGAAGCAAGAUGAAUUGAUGAAGAAUCGGCCGAGGCAGGAUCAGGUCAAGUUAACUGGGAUCGCUUUUGGUCCUUCUUACCAGCCUGCCCCCUCAACCAAGGGGAAACCUUCAAAGUUGCACAAGAGAAAGCAUCAAAUUUCUUCGUUGUAUUAUGAUAUGAAGCAGAAAGAGAUGGAAUUAGCGGAGAGGCGUGCAAGAGGUUUAUUAACAAAGGCUGAAACACAAGGAAAGUAUGGCUGGUGAUCCCUAAAAGAUAUCCUUGCACCUGUGGUAUGUAAUUAAUGUGCUCCACGGAGGUAGCGUGCUAAAUAUCAUAAACUUGCAUGGUUUAUAUAUACACUUUAUUGGUCUUAAGGCAAUCGUGUAACUUGAAUGGUUCGUUAUAACUUUUUGCAACACGGCUUCUUCUAUGUUCAAGAAUGGGAUUUCAACGACUCUAUCGAAAUCCAACGCUGAUCAAGGAGGUUAUGUUUUAAGCUUA